AUGUGCAAUGCCAAUCAUCUCGGUCGUUAUGUGACUGUCAAAGAUUACGGGUUGUGGAAACUAACCAUAUGUGAAAUCGAAGUGUAUGCAACAGGCAACUGCUAUGACUCCGGAUGUUACAACGUGGCCAAAGGAAAAGGAGUUUACAUUUCUUCUCUGUAUACAGCUAGGUGGCCAGCAAAUAACGCCGUUGAUGGCAAUUACUGGUCUACAAACAUCAACUCUGGAUCGUGCACUCACUCGAACGCUCAAACGAAUCCUUGGUUUCGUGUUGACUUGUGGCAAGAAAUGAUUAUCAGCAAAGUGUAUUUGGCUAAUCGAGGAGACUGCUGUGGUGAUCAAUUGACAAACGUGAUGAUUCGUAUCGGGAAUGAUGAUAGCAACAACGGCUUGAAGAAUCCUAUUUGUCGCCAAGGCCUACGAGCAGUGCCUCAAGGUGGUUACGUUUACUACGCAUGCCCCAACAUGAGAGGACGACAAAUAACAUUACAAAUUGUCAAAACAAACGCGGUGCUCAACUUCUGCGAAAUUCAAGUGUGUGGAACACUCGCUCCCAACUUAGCUCUUGGAAAGCCUACAGUUCAGAGCAGCACAGUUUGGAAUGGUACACCUAACCUUGGUGUGGACGGAGAUCCAAACCCUACAUACAAUAUAGGCACUUGCACACACACCACCUCAGAGAAGAAUCCAUGGUGGCGUGUCGACCUUCAAGACGAGUACUUAGUGACAAGCAUUCAUAUCACUAAUCGAGGAGACUGUUGUGAAAGUCGGCUGUGGGGUAUUGAGAUUCGCAUUGGCAACUCACUUGCCUUUGAAGGAAACAAUAAUGCCAAAUGCAUAUCAAAGAUGUGGAAUGUUCCUAAGGGUGCAACACACACUGUGAUGUGUAAUGCCGGCUACGGAGUGAAAGGUCGGUAUGUGAAUCUCCUCAUUCCGGGGGAUAACAAGAUUUUGACUUUCUGUGAGUUGAUGGUCUUUGGCACACGGGACAAACAGGUUGGUUCAUUGUUAGAUAUUGGUUGGUUCAUGUAGUUGGGUAUGAAAACUGUGAGAAGGGUUCGUA